UUCAGGUGUGAAGGACACAGGAUUUAACAAGCACUUGAAGUAUCCAGCUAUGCCUGUCUCACUGAGUCGUAGUGCUUCCAUGAGCAGUAUUUCUAAGGCAAGCUUCCAAACUUCAGGUUAUGAUAUGGGGCUGAAUAGUCUGUCUAGCUUUGGUCAAUCUAUCGGCGAUGACCUCUCAAUAUUUGGAAAUGAAAAGUGGACUAUGCAGAAUCUUAACAGCCGUCUGGCAUCGUACCUGGAGAAGGUGCUGUCUUUGGAAAGAGCUAAUGGAAAGUUUGAGCAGCAAAUAAAGGAGUUUUAUGAAAGCAGGUCCUCUACUAGCAGGAAAGAUCUGAGUAAAUACUACAUAAUCAUUGAAGACCUUCAGAAACAGAUUAUUUCUAAGACUGCAGAAAGACAGCAGGUUUUAGUGAAGUUGGACAGUGCUAAUCUAGCAGCUACUGACUUUAAGAUAAAGUUUGAGAGUGAGAAGAACAUGCGAUUGGCUGUAGAAGCAGACCUGGCUCGUCUGCGCAACAUUCUUGGGGAGACUGAGUUGGCAACCAAAGACCUACAAAUGCAGCUAUCUGGGCUAGAAGAAGAAAUGAUAUUCCUCAAGAAGAGCCAUGAGGAGGACAUGCACUUUCAUCGCACUCAACAGAGCAACACAGUGAAUGUGGAAGUGGACUGCGGUCCGGCUGUAAACCUCGAUCAAGAGCUGGAGGAGAUGCGAAAUCAAUACGAGACACUCAUCCAAAACAACCGCAAAAAAAUUGAACAGUGGUUCCAGAGCAAGGCCGAAACACUGAACACUGAAGUGUUAAAAAGCCACACUGAAAUCAAAAGCUCCCAAAAAGCCUUCAGUGACCUGACGAAAACCUACCAGACCCUGGAGAUAGAAAUUAAAGGGAUUCACAAACAGAUUGAAAUCCUGCAGACUGAUCUGGUUCAGGUGGGGGUACGUUCCAGUGAGCAGCUAUCACAGCUGCAAGGGAACAUCGACCGACUAGAGACAGAGCUGCAGCAGAUCACCGUCAGCAUGCAAGAACAGGCCAGGGAGUUCGAGCUGCUCAUGGACAUCAAGAUGAGGCUGGAGCUGGAGAUACAGGAAUACAGGAGGCUGCUCGAGGGAGAACUUCAUGGAUAUAGCAUCACAGAAGUCGACUCAACCCAGUCUCAAACUACCUUAACCGAAACGACUGUGGUAGAGACGCAAGAGAUUCAAACUGCCGUGACCGAAACGACCGUGGUAGAGACGCAUGAGGUUAAAACUGCCCUGACCGAAACGGCUGUGGUAGAGACGCAUGAGGUUAAAACUGCCCUGACCGAAGCGGCUGUGGUAGAGACGCAUGAGGUUAAAACUGCCCUGACCGAAACGGCUGUGGUAGAGACGCAAGAGACUCAAACUGCCGUGACCGAAACGACUUUGGUAGCGAUGCAAGAGAAGGAAGAGGAGAAACAUCUCCACCAGAAACGGGUGAGGAUUAUCACAGAGAAGCUGGUGGAUGGAGUAGUGGUGUCCACAACUAUCGAUGAGAAAGUGCAGGAGUUGCCGAACUGAACAGGAAAUUCAUCUAAUAAUAUGCAUUUGCGUUACAUAGAAAUAAUAAAGCCUUUAAGACUUUUGGAAUACAGCAUACAUUUGAGUGGUGGUGACUCUUCAAAAUGGUGUUGAGUGAAAUGUUUGGCUUUGGUAUACGAGGUAACAUUUUUAUUUUCAAGCAUACAGUAUUGUGUAGCAGCUAUCAGCUUCAGACUCGGGUGGUAAGAAUUUCUUCCUGUUGGAGUGUGCUGCCUAUUGUAAUGAAAAAAAUAUUAUACACAGGCAUAUGCUUUGCUUCCAAAGAUUCUGUUACAAUAAACUAAACUGUGCAGAUAAGUUAA